AUGUUGUAUAAAUUGGAGAGAUUGGAAUAUUUGAUAGUAAUUGUUUUCAUUUGUUUAGAAUUUAGGGUUAGAUACUUAAUGUAUUGCAUUUUCUAUCAUAUGAUUGUGUCAAUUUUGAAGAGAAAAAAAUCAAGAAAUAUUUUUAAUUUUUAAGUCGAGAUGGUGGUUAAUUUAAAGAGGAGGUACUAAUUGAUGAAGCAUUAUAUGAAUUUAAAUGGUAUUUUUAAGGUUUCAUCACAAUUCCUUCAUAAAAACAAAUCACAAUAUAUGUAAAUUAACAAACGACUUUAAUUUUUUCAAAAUCAAUUUAGAUUGAAUUCCCCUAAGAAAAAAUAAAUUUAAAUUUAAUAAUCGGAGGGUAAUACAAAGUAUUUUUUUAUUAAAUUAAUUAGAUUAUCAGUCAAAAUUCACUUGAAAAUAAAAUGCUUUCUUACUAUCCGGGAGAAAUAAAAUAUUAUCUCUCCUUUAACUUGGGUGAACCAAACUAUUUUUAAGAGUUUAUUAAAUAACAUAAUAAAUUUUAGUGUACGUGUCUAUAAAAUUCAAAAACAAAUAUAGGCGAUUUUACAAUUUAAAAAUAGGAAUAAUUUUUAUUUGUGCCCUAAAAAAUUAAUUGUUAAUAAUUUUUAUUAUCAAGUUGGGUAAAAAUUAAAGAAAUUAAUUCAAACUAUGAUGAAUUUUAUUAUUAAUUGUUUAAAUUAUCGGGUAAUUUUAAUAAUCCAAAAAUGACAUAAGAUAAUUUAAGUGCAUUUUAGUUAUUUUACAAAAUUUGUGGCAUUAUGUACUAGUGGAAAAGAAAAAUACUUCUAUUUUAACUUCAAUAACUCAGGUUUUGA